CUCCCCUUCACACAAAAAGCAGAAAUUGACUAGUGGGGCAGAGUAAGGUGGCUGGUCAGCCUAAAGAAUCUUCAACUACAUAUGCAGACAAGACAACCUUCUUCAGGUCAAUCUUUCUCAUCAACUUGUUAGAUUAUUCUUACUUAGCCAUCUAAUCCGCGCCUCAUCAGAACCUUCUUCUUUCUUUUUGUUUUCUAUACCCUUUACCAUUCUCCUUUGUAAAAUUCCCAAUUUUCUCCAUUCUUGAAUUGUGGCAUCAUCAUUUCCAUUUCCAAAUUCUUGAAUGGCCACUGGCUUUAGAUUUCCCCCCUUUUGGUUCUUAUUUCUUUUCAUUCUUUCUUGUUUCUCCUCAUUCUGUUUAGGUGGUGACAGAGUUACGCGAGGAGAGAUUUAUAAAGAUGGUGAUAACAUCACUUCUAAAGGAGGGGAUUUUGUGUUGGGGUUCUUUAGUCCUGCAAAUACCAGUAAAAGGUAUCUUGGUAUAUGGUAUGUUGACGUACCAGUAAAGACAUAUAUUUGGGUUGCCAACAGGAACAAUCCUGUUCAUGAUAAAAAUGGUACCUUUUCAAUUAAUGAAAAUGGGAAUUUGGUGGUUAAAGAUGGACAUGGGGAUUUACUAUGGUCGUCUAAUGUUUCUGUUAAAACCACAAAUUCUACGGCUUGUCUGAGAGACGAGGGCAAUCUUGUCAUCCUUAAUAAUGACAGGAAUGCUACGAGGUUAAAUUCUGAAUUGUGGGAGAGCUUCUCGGAUCCUACAGAUACAUUUUUGCCUGGAAUGGAAGUUCUCAUAGAAAGACAAGGCCAAGAGCAAAAAGUUUUCCGUUCUUGGACAAAUGAGAGUGACCCUUCACCUGGGAGGUACUCAAUGGGAGUUGAUCCUCGUGGAACACCUCAGAUUGUUAUUUGGGAUGGACCGAAUAGACGAUGGAGGAGUGGACAUUUUGAUGGAGCGGAAUUCAUUGGUGUUCCAGAUGUGAUUAGAACUACUUUUUUCUCUGGCUUCAGAAUUCAAAACGAAGGAGACAAUAAAUUGUUACUCACUUACAGUGCCUCAAAUACAUCUUCUUUUGUGAGGUUUCAGAUUACUGUGACUGGAAAUGAGCUGCAACAGAGGUGGAACGAAGACCAGGGUGAAUGGAACACGUUGCAAUCUAGGCCUGUAGGUGGUUGUGACUUGUAUAACUUCUGUGGGAAUUUUGCAGAAUGUGACAAAGAUGUAUGCCAAUGUUUAAAAGGUUUUGUACCACGUGUUCAGGAGCAGUGGCAUGCUGGGAACCGAACCGAAGGAUGUGUUAGGAAGACAGAAUUGGAAUGCAGGAGAAAUAGCAGUGUUUCAAGGAAUGAUAGUUCAAAAGAUGAUGGAUUCUCGACUAUUCGGAGAGUUAAAUUACCUGACCAUGCUAAUGUUUCAGAAAUAACCAUAGACGAGUGCAAAAUCAGGUGCCUGAAUGAUUGUUCCUGCAAUGCUUAUGCUUAUGUCAGAGGAAUCAAUUGUAUGAUGUGGCGUAAUGAUUUAGUUGAUAUAGAGCAUUUUCAGGAAGGUGGGAACACUCUUUAUGUUCGUCUUCAUCCUUCAGAUAUCGGUAAAAAAAAGAAGACGAUCAUAAUUGUUGUAAUAUCAAUUCUAGCAGCUCUGGCUUUGGUUGUUAUGGUGGCCAUUUGGCUAGUAUGCAAGUACAGGGCCAGAAAACGAGAAUCCAAGAGGACCAGUGAAAUUCCCAAAAACCAUUUAGUUAGGAGUGGAGAGUUCUCCACGGAAUAUUCUGGACCAGGCGACAUCAGUGCUGAAGGGCAUCAAGGAAAUGGUUCAGAAUUAGCAUUUUUCAGCUUCAGCAUGGUGGCCACAGCUACUGACGACUUCUCUCUUGCAAACAAGCUUGGGCAAGGGGGAUUUGGCCCCGUUUAUAAGGGAAAGCUACCUUGUGGUCAAGAAGUUGCUGUAAAAAGGCUUUCACAAAAGUCUGGACAAGGCGAUGAGGAGUUCAAGAAUGAGAUCACUCUAAUAGCAAAAUUGCAACACAGAAAUCUUGUUAGACUUUUGGGUUGCUGUGUUGAAGGAGAAGAAAAAAUGCUGAUUUACGAGUACAUGCCCAACAAAAGCUUAGAUACAUUUCUAUUUGAUACUGUUAGGAAAUCCCAGUUAGACUGGAGAAAACGCUUCAACAUUAUCGAAGGAAUUGCCCGAGGAUUACUGUAUCUCCAUAGAGAUUCAAGGCUUAGAAUAAUCCAUAGGGAUCUAAAGGCUAGUAACAUUCUGUUGGAUGAAGAGAUGACCCCAAAAAUUUCAGACUUUGGCAUGGCCAGAAUAUUUGGAGGAAACCAAAAUGAAGCAAAUACAAAUAGGGUCGUAGGAACAUAUGGAUAUAUGGCUCCUGAGUAUGCUAUGGAGGGCCUGUUCUCUGGCAAGUCUGAUGUCUACAGCUUCGGCAUAAUAUUGCUUGAAAUUAUAUGUGGACGUAGAAAUACAAGCUUUCGGACAGAUGAGCAUUCAGGCAUCAUUGGAUAUGCAUGGGAGAAGUGGGAAGAAGGUAGACCAAUGGACCUGGUGGAUCGUUCAAUUUGGGAUGGUUGUCAACACAAUGAAGCAUUGAGAUGUAUACACUUGGCAUUGCUUUGUGUUCAAGAUUUGGCGGCUCACAGACCAAACAUGUCUUCUGUGGUUUUGAUGCUGGAAACAGACAAUGUAAGGUUGCCCUUGCCUAGGCAACCUACCUAUACUUCAAUGAGAAGAUCUGUGGAUGAAGAUAUAUGGCAUGGGAAUCAGGAUGUAACAUCUUCCAACAAUGUCACAGUUAGUGUACUAAUAGGUAGAGGAGAUCAGCUUGUGUUCCCUUUGAGACAGAAGGGGAAAUGGAAUUAUUUACUAUAUUACUGUAAUGCAUCAGACACCAUUCAGCAAUCCUGGAAACUUUUAGUAGGGGAAACAUUAACAUCUGCUAGUCAAGUUUUUGAAUUUGGAUUCUUUACUCCAGCGAAUUCCGAUGAAAGGUACCUGGGGAUAUGGUUUAAAAAUAUCCCUCCUAUUAAAGUUGUGUGGGUUGCAAACAGAGAAAGUCCACUUAAAGUUUCUGAUUCCGCUGUGAGUCUAUCAAUUAGCGAAUAUGGAAACUUGGUGCUUCUUGAUGGAACACAGACUGUUAUCUGGUCAAGUAAUGUGUCUGUCCCUACUAAUAACACUGUUGCAGUAGUUCUCCUGGACAGUGGGAAUUUAGUGCUUAAAGAUAAUGUCUCGGGACAAUCCUUCUGGGAAAGUUUCGAUUAUCCUUGUGAUACUUUUUUGCCAGGAAUGAAAAUAGGUUUUAACAGUAAAACCGGGGAGAAAUGGCUCUUGUCUUCUUGGCAGAAGGAAAAUGACCCCUCACUCGGAAAUUUUUCUAUAGGAAUCUCGGAGCAACUUUCUCCUCAGUUUUUUAUAUGGAACAAAGUUACUCCUUACUACAGAACCGGGGAGUGGAAUGGACUGAAGUUCAUUGGUUUGCCUUGUAUAGAUUCAGCUGCCUAUAUAAUUCAAUUUGUUUUUCAGCAAGACUUUCAAGAGGGAACCACAUAUUUCACCUUUCUUCCAAAUACUUCAUUCCUAACUUUCGUGGAACUUCAGUCUACGGGGUCUGUUCAAGUGGUUCAGUGGACCAGUGGAGCUCCAGCUUGGGAAAUUUAUGCUACAAUGGUACAUGCACCAUGUGAUAUAUAUAACACAUGUGGACCUUCAGCAGUCUGCAGCAAGCAUAACUUCCCAACUUGCAGCUGCUUAAGAGGGUUCGUGCCACACUCUAGUGAUGAAUGGAGCAAAGGAAACUGGACAGGUGGUUGUGUGAGACGAACUGAAUUACUAUGUCAGCAAAAGGGAAAUAGCUUGUCUCCAGGGGUUGGACUGCAGGACAGAUUUUUUAAGCUUAGUGGACUGAAACUGCCUGAUCUUGCUGCUAUUUUUCGCCUUGACAGUGCAAGUGAAUGUGAAAAAUUGUGCUUAAACAAUUGUUCUUGCACUGCUUAUGCUUAUGUGGCAGGAAUUAGGUGUAUGGUGUGGUCUGGUGAUCUUUUAGAUAUGCAGGAUUACUCAUACUCCGGGGAAGAUCUUUUCCUUCGACUUGCCUACUCAGAGUUAGUUUUUUCAGGUAAGAGGAAGCGUAAAAGAGCACUAAUCAUAUGUUCUGCAGUAUUUUCUUGUCUCUUUUUGGGGUUUGCUCUAUUUUGUUUGCUCAAGCACAAGAUUUAUAUAACAGGACAGAAGAGAAAAGUAGCCAGAAGCUUUAGUCUGGGUGAUUCAUGCUACAUUUCAAAAGACUACACAGUGGAAAGUUUAUGGGUUGGUAAUUUAAAGAAAGAAGAUCCAAUUGAACUUCCGCUGAUUGAAUUUGAGGUAAUUGUCACAGCAACAAACAACUUCAAAGUAGAAAACAAACUCGGGGAAGGAGGAUUUGGUCCGGUUUUCAAGGGAAAGCUAAAAGAUGGUCCAGAAAUAGCAGUGAAAAGACUUUCUAAUCGAACGGGGCAAGGCAUAGAGGAAUUCAAGAAUGAAAUCGUAUUGAUAUCAAAACUCCAGCACAGGAAUCUUGUACGACUCCUGGGAUGCUGCAUUGAAGGGGAAGAACUUCUUAUAAUAUAUGAAUACAUGCCAAAUAGAAGCUUGGAUAAAUCUCUCUUUGAUGCUUCGCAAAAAGAACUGCUAGAUUGGCCUAAACGGUUCAACAUCAUUCAAGGUGUUGCUAGAGGACUAUUAUAUUUACACCGAGAUUCCUGUUUGAACAUUAUCCACCGGGAUUUGAAGGUAAGCAAUAUCCUUUUGGAUGAGGAGAUGAAUCCAAAAAUUUCAGACUUUGGUUUAGCAAGGACAUUUCAAAAGCAGCAGCAACUAGUGCAUACUCACCGAGUAGCUGGAACAUAUGGAUACAUGUCUCCUGAAUAUGCUUUGAGGGGAGUAUUCUCCGAGAAAUCUGAUGUCUUCAGCUUCGGAGUCUUGUUAUUAGAAAUCAUAAGUGGCAAGAAGAAUUCAAGUUUCCAUUAUGUUGAAGAAAAUCUUAACCUCCUCAAUUAUGCAUGGAAAUUGUGGAGUGAACAAAAGGGAUUAGACUUUAUGGAUGGGACAUUGAUCAACUCAUUUUCUCCAGAAGAGAUAACGCGAUGCCUACACGUUGGCCUUCUCUGUGUUCAAGAGCAUCCUAGGGACCGUCCUACUAUGGCUGACAUAAUUCUCAUACUAAACAGUGAAAUGAAAUGCUCAAGUCCUAAACAACCCACAUUUAAGUUUGAAACAUACUUGGAUCUUGGAGGAUCAGCAAAAGAUAACGAAAGAUGUUCUGUUAAUGAGUUAAGUGCAUCCUUGUCUCAAGGACGAUAGAACAUGUUAAUGUACAUUCUUAAAAGUUGUUAAUCAAGUACAAAAAUCAAGUCAUUA